AACAGAGUUUAGUGUCGGUCUCGGAAACAGAGUGUGCUUUAGAUUUGCUUACAAUUCGUAUAGAAUUCAAUUCUAGUCACAGAAUAUAUUCAGUAUAGGAGCAGAAAAACUUGCAGACAAUGCUAUCUGUAUCGGUCUCUGAGCAAGUUAAGUUUAAGAGCAAAAAGUGUGGAACCGUUACUGUAUUGCCGGUCACAGUUGAAUUCGGAAAAUUUGUCGGAUCUGACAGUCAAUACAAUCCUCGACACAAACGCAACAUUAAUGGCAGUAAUUGCGGAUCAAAUAGGAUUCAUCGGCAAAACUCGGAUAAUACACACGUAUCAUAG